GACUCGGGUGCCGGCAGCGCAGCGAGGUUCCCGGGGCCGGGCCCGGCCGAGAGCGGGUCCAUGGGCCGAGUCCUGCCGCGCUGCGGGGCGGCGCUGGGCCUGGCGCUGCGCCUGCUGCUGCUGGGGGCUGUAGCCCUGCGGGGGGGCCACUCCCGCCUGCACUCCAGGCGCAUAUUUCACACGGUGGUGUCGGAGCCUGGCCCGGGGCUGCCCUGGCACAGCCGUGUUGGGUACGUGGACGAUCAAGUCAUCUACGUCUACACCAGCGAGACGCAGAGGGUGGAGCCUGGCACAGUGUGGAUGGCGCAGAACGAGGGCCCGGAGUUGUGGGAUCUUCGGCUCUUUUGGUCACAGCGCUGGGAGGCCUGGUUCAACGCGAGUCUGAACACCCUGCGUGAGCUCUACAACAGGACAGAGGGGUUUCACAUUAUCCAGACGAUAUACGGCUGUGAUCUCCAGGAAGACGGUGUCAUUCAGGUGUUUUACCAGGAUUCAUAUGAUGGACGAGACUUUCUUACCUUCGAUAAGGAGACCAUGACUUGGGUAGCAGCAGAUAUUGGGGCUCAGAUCACUAAGAGGAGAUGGGAUGCUGAACUAUGGGACAGCCAGGGAUGGAAACACUACCUGGAAGAGUACUGUAGAGAACGUCUUAGCCGGGAAAUAGAAUACGGGAAGGAGACGCUACAGAGGAAAGUGCGCCCAAAAGCUAGAGUGAGUGACAGGUCAUCUCAUGACGGCCUCACCACCCUCUCCUGUAAGGUCAGUGGGUUCUACCCCCGGGACAUCACCGUGACCUGGCUGAGAAAUGGGGAGAGCAGACAGCAGGUGACCUACUCUGAAGGCAUCCUACCCAGUGGGGACGGGACCUACCAGACCUGGGUGACAAUGGAGAUUGACCCCAAGAUCAAAGCCCAUUAUUCAUGUCACGUGAAGCAUGAAAGCCUGUUAGAGCCACUCUCUGUCCCCUGGGAACCAAACAACAGCCUGAUUCCCGUUGUGGCUGGAGUUAUCACUGCAGUUCUCCCAAUUGGUGUUAUAAUUGGAGUAGUCAUUUGGAAAAAGAAACAUCCAGGAAAAAAGGGAGAUGGCUACGCUGUAGCUCAGGCAAAUGACCAAGGAUCUAGUGGCUCUGAUGUGGCUGCCAAGGCUUAACAGAACCUGUUGGAGUCUGUGCCACAACCUGAGGGGAUCCCAGAGGGGAAGACUGAUGAGCUCUGCUCUAUCACCCUACAAGAACCAACCAACCCCUUCAUAGCUUUUCUCUGGCACUUGGAGCAGCCUGUGGGGGAUUUCUGGCCUCAUCUAUCUGUUCACUGGACCACUUUUUACUUUUCAGAUGUAAUAGUUUUUUGUAAUAUUUUAUUUUGCACAGAAUAAUUUCCAAAAUUUUAAUGGAUAAAAACUCUUUUAGUAAGAUUUUAGUAUUUGCUACAUUUAGUGUGUGCACUCAGCGCUCUGUGCUGUGCAGUGCUGUUUGCACACCCUGUACCAUACGCUAGAUAUGUGAGCAGUAACUGCUUGUGUGUAUAUGGUGGGGGAUGUAUUUUUUUUUCUGUAGAAUUUCAUGAUUAUAACAGGGUAAACUGCCUGUUCUACUCGCAGCUGGUAGCGCUGUUGCCAUCCUCAGCUGAGGACGUCUGUUGGACAGGAAGAAGUGUCUGUGUUUAGUUUAUAAGUGCCUCUAAUGUCCUUUUCACCAUUCAUAGAGUCAUAGAAAUGCUGGGCUAGAAGGGACCUCAAGAGGUCAUCAAGUCCAGCCCCGAUCUCAGGCAUCACCAAGUAAACCUAGACCAUCCCUGACAGGUGUUUGUCCAACCUGUUCUUAAAAACCUCCACUGACGGGGAUUCCACAGCCUCUCUAGGCAACCUGAAAUGGGGCAUUUUCCUAAUGUUGUGUUUGUAGACUGUGCCUUAAUUUCCUUUAUGUGCUACAUAUCUAACCAAGGUGGAAAGGGGCGUCUAUUGUUGCAGAGGACCAGGUGUGACCCAGUCUAGCAGCCUAGACCCCAGACCAUGGCCUGGACACUUUGUAACUUAGCGACUGAUGACCCAAAGGCCCAUCCCAACUUGGAGCCAGCCAGUUAUGGGCAGCAGAGAGAACAAAGAGCUGAAGAGAAAGUCACCUGGAGAUCGGUUUGCCAGGGAAAGAAGACAAAGGAUGGAGGUGGGGCCUUGGAGGUGACACAGGAUGGGCCACAGAAAGGAGGAGUCACUCCUGGGCUGGGAACAAAGAGCGGCCUGAGCCCACCUGGACGGGGACAGACCCAGAUGGACGCCCCUGAGAACGUCUUGUCCUGUGCUCCAGAUGUACAAUAAACAUUUCUCUGUUGCGCUGGCUGAGAAUCACUGCAGGCUAGAGAGAGGCAGGCCUGCUGAAGGCUUGGACAUGCAGUACUGGGAGGCAGAGGAGAAGCCUACAGCUUAAACCCCGAGCAAAGCGUGUGACCUGAUGUAGGGUCAGUACUCUGAAAGGCAUUUCCUCCCAGGGGCCAUACGGAGCCAAGAGAGCACUGGCCUGUGAGUCUGUGACAACCUGUUCCACAGUGAACUGUCCUUAUGUCCAGAAAGUUUUUCCUAAUGUCUAACUGUAGAUGGGCCGACUCACCCCUGCGGCGCCGCUUGCUGGUGCUUCUGGGAAUUAGCUCGGUUCGGAGCGCCCUCUGCAGGCUGGGGAUCCACCUGUCCUC